CGGGAAAGCAGCAGCUCGCGUCGUCCAUUUGAUGUCAAGGUAGUGGUUUUCGAGGAUGUUUCUAUGCGUCGGGCGAUAUGAUGUCUUUUGGUAGCGGAGCAUGGUCUUGGUCAGUACAGCUGCGUAUGAAACUGGUGGUUACGAGAUCUGCUUGCGUGUUUUUCGGUUGACUUUGGCAAGGGUUUUCCCCGGUGUCUCUCCGCUGACGUUGUGGAGACCUCGAGCGCCGUAUGCUUUUAUCCCGCGUGAGAAGGUUUUAGAUCUUCUCCACCCAGGCUCCAUGUCGCUUGUCCAAACGAAGUUGUCCGAUUGGGAAUUCGCUGAUGACACUGUAGUAUCCGGCCUUUUGCUGCAUGCGUUGCUGAGCUUUUUUGUCUGGGAUUUUAGUGUUGGCCGCUCUCUCGGUGUGAGGGCCAACCGUGACAAGACGGAGGUGAUUCAUCUCCUAGCGCCUAUGCUCUCAUCUUGGGUAAGGUACUUGGGCAACUGGUUGGAUUUAGCUGAGGAUGGGCGCCGGCGUGUCUCCAGGAUGACUGGCGCUUUGCGAGAGCUGAAUCGCAUUGGUGGCGCUGCGUUAUCAGCAACCGACCUUCGUGUCAACCUUAUGUCACGCAUUAGGCAGCCUGGGGCUUUUGCUGCGGGCGUGAGAACUUGGACGAAAAAGCAGAUCAAGGAGAUCGAGGUCGUUUGGAACGAUGGCCUAUUGUCACUGGUUGGCCAGCCUAGGUAUGUGUGCCAUCUCUUUCACAUACCGUUAGCGCGUUUGCAUCGAAUAUUUCGAAUUGAGUCGAUUGAGGCGCAUUUUCGUUACCUUCAGUGCUCUGAAGUUGGACAUCUGAUCAGGGCACCACCUGACCGCAUUGCCCGCGCGGCGCUCUUUGGUUUUAUCACGGCGGGGCUGCCUUUGCCUGAGGACUUGUUGUUGUACACACCGCGUCAGGGUAUGCGCACGUUGUGGUCAGAUGUUCGCCGAUGUUUAGCCAUCUUCGCUGCUGAUGUUCCAGAUGGACAUAUCACGGAUAGCGCUAUCUGUGCUCUAGCGCUUUCGCGGGAGCAUUGGAAUACUGUUCUCUACGAGAUGCGCAUUCGGAUGACGUUGAAGCUCUAUGAUAGAGAUCGAGAGAUGACACCAUUCGCGAGGCGCAAUGCAAAGACGCACUGGAUCGCCCAGUUUUACAAACGUGGCGACUGUUUCGAGAUUGACCCAGCGCUCAACUCUUUGAGUCGUUGGUAUGACUUCUCUGUCUGCAAGUUCACCUCUUACGAGCUCAGGAUCAUCUACGAGGAUGUUGUGAUGCCUGGGGCUAUUCAACAGGCGCGCUGCCGUUUUUGUGACAAGUCGGUCCUUGGAUGGCACAUGCGACCAUUCACGUCUAACGGGCUGUUCUGCCGGGAUCACACUCUUGGGCCACUUGUCUGCGCUGCGCCCCCUGCAGACGCUGCUGCACCAGGCCGGAUUGAUGAGUUGUUGGCGCAUGAGGUCUCGUGCCCGAUGCGUGCCGCCUUUGAGCAGACUGAUGAGAGCUCCCUGCAGGCGCCGACGUGUUUCCGUGAGGGUGAUGCUCUUGCUGAGGUUUUGCGGAUGCACUCUAGCACAACGAAAGAAGACGGCGACUUGCAUCAUUUGGCGACUUUUUUUGACACUGACGAAUUGGCAGCCCUUGCGGCGAAGCCUGUGGUGCCGGCCUCUUUUAGUGAUGAGAUCCAGGCUGCAAACGCGCGUGUCUAUGAGGCUCUGACUUCGUGCCCGUUCCUGAGGUGCCGCACUUGUAGAGAUGGCUCUAUCAGCUUAGUUGAGUGUUUUUGUCAGGAGUGUACUGCCUGGGCAGAGGGAGCUAGCGCCAGGUCCGACGGUUCGUCCUCUUUUGACUUGAGCAUAUCUGGCGCCUCUGACGACGCAGCCCACGGUGCUGCGCCUUUUGCUGGCUCUUCUGGGCGGGUCGGCCGUACCUUUGAGUCUGUUAGUGUUGCGUACCGGCACUCGCGACGGGUGCUCCAGAGACACACAAUUGAGCGGGUUGACGCACCACUGAAGAAGCCGACUAAGUCAUCUGCUGAGAUUGCCAGCCGUAGGAGGAAACGACACAAGGUUGACCUUGGCGACUCAGUUCGUGCACCGAAGGCGACCAUCCCUGAUGUGUACGGAGCCGCGGGUGACGGUGGCUUGGCUGGACUGCCCAGUGUGUUACCUGUUCAUAUUUCGUGGUCGCAGGCCCGGUGUUGCCUUUGUGUUUCGGUGCCUGUUGUUGUCGAUGGUGCCAAGCGGCGCAUCUCGAAGGAUGUCCGGCCUUCUGACUACGGUGAUAACGCACUAUCGGCCUUUCGUGCUGCUGUCGCUUUGAAGCAAGAAAUUCUUGAGGACCCUGCGUCAUUUGUUCGGUUCAAGAUCCGACGCAAGAAAAGCAGGCUGAUUGGCGCUCCAUGUGUUGAAGAAGGGCCGGCCAAGGUCGACGAAGAAGAUGAUCUUUUAGCUGAUUAGGCGCGUGUAAGUAGAACCAGUCAAGUGCGUUGCAAGCGAAAAAAGAAAAGUGUUAGUUUAUCGGAGAUCUCUACUUACGAGGACUUUGAAUCAGGCUAAGGACCCGCGACUCGUUUACAUGACUACAUACUUUCGUGCUGGCUUUAAUGUAAACUGAUACUUAACGUUGAAAGACAGGCAACAACCAACCAUGAGUAGGCUUUUCGUAGUCCUUCUCGUCGUCUCUAAAAAUUGAUUUCGCAUCUCGUUCUCGCAACUUAAAAGUAACUUUCUACAACUAUGUAGCUAACUGAUUCCGCAUCUUGUUUUCGCAACUUCGUUCUUUUUUUUUCUUUCUGUAGGUUGUUUGCGUUUUACCUGCUGUUCGUUUUAAUUAUAUGUCACGGCUUGCUUGAGUAGUUGUUAGCUUUAGCAUCCUAGAGUUCACUUGAGUUUUCUCCUCCUAUCUCAUUCUUGAGCUGUCUCUGUGUGUCUGUGAAAUGUUUGCUUUCUCUGCGCCCACCACUGCUGGUGCGUCGAACUCUUCGAAAAACUUGUAAUUGUAAUAGUUGCACAGUAAGGAAUACCGUACACACGCGUGGUGAGCCUGCAACUACCCCCUUAUUCUCCUGCUCAAAGUGAUGAACUCCGCGUAAACGUGGUAGGCUCAUGACUUUUUCUUGGUUUCCCACCAUACAGAUUACAAAGAACAGCAAGAAAGAACAUGCUUAGUUCGCAC